GGUGCCUUGUGUCUGCGUCAGCAUCACGUACAACACGCACUCAAAGGUCCUCUUGGUGAAGGCACUUCAGCCUACAUACCCUAAUUAUUGAUCAACCGAGUCAAGGUGCAAUAAUUAGCAUCACAUUUGACCUGGUUCAUUAAUUGACGAUUAUUAGACAAAGUUGUCAUGUAAACGUUAGUGGCAAUGCUUUGUCAUAAUGUACAUUAGUGUAAUAUAAGAAGCAGUGCGCGAUGUUGUGGUACCUGGGACCUUCCAUCUACCUGGGCCGGGAGGGCCACUCACCUGUGGAGAGUUGCCAUGUCUCGCUGUCUCUCAUGUUGAGGCCACAAAGAAUGGCUGUGGCUGCGGCGGACACCCAGAUUUAGUUGCUCUGUUAUUACGUCAACACCUGGUCGUACGUCGGUCCCCGGUGCGUGAGUGUGUGUGUGAGAGUGUGUGCAUCAGUGUCCAGCGGUGUGUACACGCAAAACUGUCCGUCUACGUGCAGUGGUGUACGCGUUGUGGAAAGGGUUAAGAGUAAGACACGGACAGGUGCUCGUAAAAGAGGGAGAGUAAGAUCCUGCAGGAAGAUCAAGAGUCCAGGACAACCCACCACCGAGGUGCUGUUGUCCUGAUGAACGUUGGUGAUGCAGAAUGUUGGUGUCUGAUCUCCAGUCUACUACUCAGGUCAAUGGCGGUCUAAUGAGAGGCAGGUGACUAGAGCAGAACUACAUCAAGAGAGCGUGAUGACGCAGACGCGGGUACUUGGCAGCAAGGGCCGGCGGCUCCUGCUGGUGCUGCUGCUAGUGAGUCUUCUGCUGGCCUCACAUAUCAUCACCAACCACGCCCACCCAGAGCUGGAGGAGGUAAAUGGGGAACUACCCAAUACUUUCACGGACCCACGGGUGGCGGCAGUAGAGGUGAAAGGAGCGGAACCUGUCAACACCAGAGCAGCUAAAUCAACCUCCACCUAUAUAUCGCAACGCUUGGGGAGGGAGAUGGAGAUAAAACAGAAGCUGCUCUCCAAGUUCGAAGAGCUGGACGCCAAGGAGCUACAACACGUGCUGCAGCUCCUGGAGUCCACCCGUAACCCAAGAGCAGUCCAGGCCACCAGGAUAGACCACGCCCUUCAGUCUCUCAAGGUGACCUUACUGGAGGAGAUCAGUGGGAAGAAGUACUCGGACAUCUCCAAGGCUGUUAUCCAUGCCCAGACCAUAACCUCACAGCCCAGACCUGCUCCGCUCAAGUUUGUGCUUUCCACGAUGGCUCAGGUUGUGAUAGCGACGACGUGGCGCUCUGGGUCGACUUUCCUGGAGGAGCUGUUAGCCUCGUACCCGGCCGUCUACAACCACUACGAGCCACUUAUGCAGUUCGGCCUCCGUCGGAUCAGAGAGGGACUUCCGGGCGCUGCCGAAGCACAAGAAACUGUCCACGAUCUUUUGUCCUGCAAGUAUGAAGGUCACGAGGAUUAUAUACUGACGGCUCAGAAGCUCAAGGAAAUGAUCUCUCGCAACACCCGCUUGUGGAAUACCUGCAACACUAAGGAGUGGGGAGACGCUCUAUGUUUCAAUGACGUCUUCUUAAAGGAAGCGUGCAAACUCUUCCCGUGGUCCAUUAUGAAGAUUGUCAGACUCCAACUAAAACUUCUGCGGCCAAUUCUGGAAGAUAGUCAACUAAACACCCGCAUAGUGUACCUGGUGAGGGACCCCCGAGGUGUGAUCAACUCCCGCACUGACACCGUCCGGUGGUGCCACACUGAAGACUGCAAGAACCCCGAGAACCUGUGCAGGGACAUGGACGACGACCUUACUACGGCUCUGCAGAUGCAAAAGGACUUCCCUGGCAAGGUCUACAUCCUCAGGUAUGAAGACAUGUCCCUCGAACCUCUUAAUAAGACUCACGAACUUUUGGAGUAUGUUGGUCUUGACUUCGACCCCCGAGUAAAAGAGUUUCUGGUUUCCCACACGACGAAGAACUUCGAUAAGCCAUGGAGUACCUCGCGUGAGUCUAAGACCAGAGUGACCUACUGGGUGUCCAAACUUCCCUCCAGUAAGUUAAAAGUGGUACAGAGUGCGUGUACACCUGUGAUGAAGCGCUUCGGCUACAUACCUAUCACUUCCAACAAAAAUAUUACGGUGGAAAAUAUACUUGGACCACUAGUGUUACCGACCUCCUGAACAUUGUGCUCAAAAUAGUUCAAAAUCCAUAUAUCAUAAUAACAAACAUAUUCAUUUCACCUUCACGCCAGUACUGCCAGUUUGUGAUAAAGUGAAGAUAAAAUUAUUAUUACGAAGAUUUAGAACAGAAUAUAACGCAAACUAGAUUGAUAAUGUGGAAAUGCAAUAUGUGUUGACUUGUCCCCGGUGCAUGACGAAAAAAAAAUGAAGAGAGUAUUGAAACAAAGGAAUUGUUAUUUAGUUAUAACUGCUUUAUAUAUGUACAGGAAAAUACAGUAGCUACGAACAGACAGACGAUGGUGCAUGUAGGUGCCGCUUCUGUUUAACCUCAGUGAGUAAACCGUUUCUCUAAGUAAUCGUUUCUUAGAUGAGACGCUGACGUAACGACAAAUAUAAGUGACUUCAGAGAUAUCAGCUAAUUAGGGACGUCAGAGAGAUUUUGACAUGUUAACAAUAUCAAAAGAAACUUGGCAACAGGGUGCAGUAACAAUGUCAGUGAGGUUAGCGUAUGAAACAAGUAAACAGCGUUGCCUUAUUAUACAUUAACUCCUCGCUAGUGACGACCUUGGCAACACUAGACAAAAGAAACCUCGGGUCACAGGAACACUGACCAGAACACUGAGUCGUUCAGCUACUGACUGUAUCCUGGCCUCUCCUGCAGGAUAUUAAGAAUCUUACAUUGUGAUGAUUAUAGUGAUAUAGUAAUGUCAUUCCUUCUUAUCUAGUGCCUUAAUUAGUUCGUAAAACAGUUUGUAUCAAGAUUAAAGUGUGUGUGUGUGUGUGUGUGUGUUGGUGAGUGUGAAUGUUUGUGUGUGUGUGUUAGUGAGUGUGAAUGUUUGUGUGUGUGUGUGUUGGUGAGUGUGAAUGUUUGUGUAUGUGUGGGUAAUUAGAACCAAUUUUGUUGAUAAAUCACCUUACAUCGUCUCUUAAUGAAAACUUGAAGAGAUUUUAUGGUGCAUCAUGAGUUAGUAGGGGUCAAGAACUCGUGCCACCAACAGUAUGAAUCAACAUGCUUGAAAGUUGAUAACAUUUACUUUUAAGUCAGAGUGUCAAGUGCCUUAGAUAACCUACACGUCCUCCUCUGAAGUACAUCACUACACCCUUCUCACGUGUGGUUGCUCACUAUGCACGAGCACAGUUUAUAAUACCGAGAGUUGAAAUUCAAUAUGGAUAUUUUGUGCACUUGAGAUUCAUUUUAUCCAAGGACAGAGAUAAGCUAUGAGCUGCCCUUCUAAUUCUAGGGGUAGUUAAUAGUAUGUUUGUUUAUGUGUAUCUGUGUUCUUUUGACCUUUACAGCAUAGAACUGAAAUUUGGUGAGGUUAGGUUAAUUUUACUUCGUCAAAAACCAACCCGGGCAACGCCGAGUACCCCAGAUAGUACUUGCAUAUAUGAUAGAUAGAUAAAUGCCAGUGACAGGGGGAAGGAGGUUCAGGGGAAGGAUAAAGGGAGGACUGAAGUGAAUUUUAGAAGGAGAGAGCAUAUAUGUAAAACCUAAAACAAACACGUAUUUGUUGUUAUUGAAAAAAAAAACUGAAUUCAAAUGACGUUAUCCACAUCAUGACCGGAAAGAAGCUGAACAAAGCGAUUAAUACAGUUAUAACAACAAUCAAUUAUAAGAAUACACAAUGGUGCAAAAAUAAAUGUAGUGGUACAAGGAUCCUACCAGUCUAGAAGCACAGGAGUUCAACUGACUUCAUUUCUGGAGAUCGUUGGUAUUUUCUGCCUUCGUCAGGAGGGACUAUCAGGAACAGCUCCAUGUCUUGGCUAUGACAGGCGGGGUGCAGUGACUGAGGAGCUUAGUACGGUGUGGUGCUCGUGGCUGUGGUUCCUUAUCACUAAUUAUGAUGGUUUGGAGAAUAGUUGCCUCGUUCUUAACAACCGUGUGAUGGAGCGUUCAGGUGUACCUGUAAAUUUCUAAGAUUUAAUUAUUUCUUAGUACUCAAAUAAUAUAAAUAAUUCUUAACGGUUUAUGUACGCUAUUUAGGUUUAACCAAUCGACUAUAUAAACCUUGAAACGCAACAAACACUUAAUAAUUAGGACAACUUUUUGGUUUUGUCAUACGUAUACGUUAAACAAAUUAUUCUUCAUAUCAAUGACCUUUAUUCUUUGUAAAUUCAACACUACGAUUUAAAAAAAAUUUAGGUUAGGAGAGGUUAGCCGAAGUUAAUUUGUAUCAAUGCUAUUUAGUUAAAUUGUAUUACGUUUAUUUAUAUAACCUUCUACAGUAUGUACACAUCAGCUAGAAGAAUAAAAUUAUCUGUUACAACUGUCACUAACAUACACAUCCAUUCACUGCCCAAAGAUCAUUCACAAUAACACACCGAUUGCUUAAAGUGUAUGAACUGAUAAACGAUUUUUAUGCGAAUUCCAGUUGUAAUCCAUCUUUCUUUACGAUUACUUUGUGAUAUAAGAUGUAUUCCAAUUUAGACUUAAUAAUACACAGUAAACAGUGUUCUGGUUCCCCAUACUUGAAGAAACACGAAUUAACAAGGAAAAUUAUUAUACCCAACUGGGGCUACAGUGUGAAACUCGUCGUGACUCUGGGGGUGACAGAUACAACAUGUUGUACACGUACAGUAUAUAUUGAGCAAAAAGUUUGUAACUAUAUAAAAAUCAAAAGACAAAUGAAGAGGAUUGUUGAAUUGGAAACUGCGGUGAAGUGAAACUGUGGAUGAAGUGACAAAGUAUACUGGAGGUUGGGGG